CAGGGGACCGCAGACAGUCGCAUCAGGUGUCCGGAGCCACCACAGGUGGCACAUCUUCAUCAUUUUUACCGCCUAUUCCCUCAGUGGCAUUAAGUACAAACAGCGGCGAAACGAUGCCAAAUACAAUUACAUCAAACGCGGCUCCUCAAGAACAAAAUUUUCGAAACGUACCACACGAUAUCGACC